AUGUCUCAUUUGGGCAUCAACAGCCGGGUCAAAAAUGGAUCUGAAGACUGGGAAAGAGAUGAACUCCGGUGCUGCUCAGAAGACCUGGCCAGAAGCCCCCAGGAGCCCAGCCCAAGCCUCACCUCCAUGAGUUCUGCCCACCCGUGGCUGGAAGAAGCAAGGGCCAGCUGUAGAGGAAGAGGAGGCGUGGAGCAGGUGACGGAGAACUUCGACCACAGAGCCACAGAGACCUUCUUUGUAUCGGCCUGUGACUUAAGCGCAGCCUGUAAGUCUCUCAAGGGGAGAUUUGUCCGGUGUGCCAAGGACAAAUGACAAAGCCAGCCAUCCCUGCAGCUGGAGCACCCCAGUGGGGAAGGCCAAGGUCCUCACACCUCUAGGUCUCUGCAGAUCCUUGUCUUGGCCAAUGUCACGAAGAAACCUACCACCCUGGCUGGCCAGAGGGAAGCAGUGUGCCUGUCCUUCAUCUUUUGCAGGGAUGCCGGGGGCCCCCGGAGCACCCAGGAGCCAGCCGCCCACCCUGGAUGGCAUGUCUGUACCUCCCGCAAUUUUGGUGAACCUGUUGGAGUGACGAAUAGGAAUAGGAAGCACACUGGAUUUCCAUUCACAAGCUGAAACGAGCCCCAAGGGAGGUCAGCAAGUGGAAACUGCCUCGAGUGCCUCCCUGGGCUUUCUUGUCUAACUCAGCCAUCAGAGCGUGGUGCCUACGCAUU